AUGGCAGAAAGGAAUGAUAUUCAGAUGCAAAUUGUUGCAUUAUCUCAACAUUUGGAGAGAUUGAUGAAGCAACAACAAGAUGAGUUUCAUGAUAGGUUGGACCAACUAGAGAAUAGUACCCCACCAAGAGGAGGAGGAGGGCCACAAAGGAAUGAAGGGAGAAUAGAAGGAGUAAGGUUGAAUGUGCCACCUUUCAAGGGGAGGAGUGAUCCUGAAGCUUACUUGGAGUGGGAGCUCAAAAUUGAGCAUGUAUUUUCUUGCAAUAAUUAUAGUGAGGAGCAAAAGGUAAGGCUUACAGCAACUGAAUUUUCUGAUUAUGCUUUAAUUUGGUGGAACAAGUUGCAAAGACAGAGGAUUAGAGAUGAGGAGCCUUUGGUGGACACUUGGGGUGAGAUGAAAAAGGUCAUGAGGAAGCGGUAUGUACCUUCUAGCUUCCAUAGGGACUUAAAAUUGAAACUACAAAGACUUUCUCAAGGAAGCAAGGGAGUGGAUGAGUAUUAUAAGGAGAUGGAGAUUCUUAUCAUCCAAGCCAAAAUUGAAGAAGAUCCUGAGGUAACUAUGACACGUUUCCUUAAUGGAUUAAAUCAUGAUAUUAGAGAUGUUGUUGAGUUGCAGGAGUUUGUGGAGAUGGAGGAUCUAUUGCAUAAAACCAUACAGAAACCUGAACAUCCACCAAAGAGGACUAGAGAAGUGAAAUGUUUUAAAUGUUUGGGCAUGGGACAUUAUGCCUAUGAGUGUCCUACAAAGAAGACCGUUCUUCUUAAGGAUAAUGGGGAGUACACAAGCGAUUCUGAUGAUGAUGAUGGAGAGGCCAUACAAACUUCAUUGGCUAGUGAAGGAGAAGAAGUCCAAGUGAAACAGCAAGCUGAAGUCUCUUUCACCAUUGGGAAAUAUGAAGAUAAGAUCUUAUGUGAUGCGGUUCCCAUGGAGGCUAGCCAUAUUCUUUUGGGAAGACCGUGGCAGUAUGACAUUAAAGCCAUUCAUGGUGGUUUCACUAACAAAUUCUCUUUCAUGUAUCAAGAUAAAAAAGUGGUCCUCAAACCCUUGUCUCCUAAAGAGGAUUAUAAAGAUGUGUUUCCAGCAAGUGUCCCUGAUGGUUUGCCACCUUUGAGAGGAAUUAAGCAUCACAUUGAUCUCAUUCCGGGAGCUGCUUUGCCCAAUAGGCCAGCUUAUAGGAGCAACCCACAAGAGACCAAGGAGAUUGAAAAACAAGUUACUGAACUCAUGAGUAAAGGUUGGGUGAGGGAUAGCAUGAGUCCAUGUGCUGUACCUAUGAUUUUGGUGCCCAAAAAGGAUGGCUCAUGGAGGAUGUGUUCUGAUUGUAGAGCAAUAAACAACAUCACCAUCAAGUAUAGGCAUCCAAUUCCAAGGUUAGAUGAUCUUCUUGAUGAACUUUAUGGUGCAUGUGUGUUUUCUAAAAUUGAUCUUAAAAGUGGCUAUAAUCAGAUUAGGAUUAGAGAAGGUGAUGAAUGGAAAACUGCUUUUAAAACUAAAUAUGGAUUGUAUGAGUGGUUGGUUAUGCUCUUUGGUUUGAAAAAUGCACCUAGUACUUUUAUGCGGUUAAAGAACCAUGUUUUAAGAGAGUUUAUUGGUAAAUUGGUUGUGGUGUACUUUGAUGAUAUUCUGAUCUAUAGCACCAGUCUUGAGUUGCAUGUUGAGCAUUUGCAAUCUGUUUUGGUUGUUCUUAGAAAAGAAAAAUUGUAUGCCAAUUUGGAAAAAUGCAUCUUUUAUUCUGAUCAUGUGGUGUUUUUGGGUUUUGUUGUGAGUGCUAAAGGUGUACAAGUUGAUGCGGAAAAGGUCAAGGCCAUCCAAGAAUGGCCUACACCUAAGACUGUUAGUAAGGUGAGGGGUUUUCAUGGUUUAGCAAGUUUUUACAGGAGAUUUGUUAAGGAUUUUAGUACACUGGCUGCACCUCUAAAUGAAAUUGUUAAAAAGAAUGUGGGUUUUAAAUGGGGAGAGAAACAAGAGGAGCCCUUUGCUUCCCUCAAGCAUAAGCUAACUAAUGCACCUAUUCUUGCCAUGCCUAAUUUUGCAAAAUCUUUUGAAAUUGAGUGUGAUGCAUCAAAUGUGGGUAUUGGGGCUGUUUUGCUGAAGUUUAUUAUACAAAGUGUUUAA